AUGGCUGGCCAUCUGGACGUCCUCAGGAGGGUUCAGAAGCGGAGGAAGGGCGUUUGGCGUCGGGAUUCCACCACGGCCCCCACGUCGAGCGUGGAGGCAUCUAAUACAUUUACGCCGUUCCACUUUAACGGAAACAAAGGCACACAGUUCAACGGGGGCGGCGGUAUUCCUGGUGGGGACAAUGGCAAGAACAGCAAUAAUGGCAGCGACGGUCACAGCAACGGGAAACCGGGGAGUAACGGCAGUAACAACAACAAUGGCAAUGGCAAUAACGGCGACAGCAGCGAUAGUAGCGACAGCAGUGACGAUGACGACGAAAGCAUCUGCGGGGCAGACGGUCACAUCGUUCCACUGUCUUCUGGUUGCAUGUUCAUCAACGAGAACGAUCCCUCUUUCCAGUACACAGGCAACUGGAUGCUGACGUCGAAGGACCCCAACGGGCUCUUUCUGACGACGCAUUCGACCAUGAGAAGCGGGGCGAGUGUGUCUAUUUCUUUCAACGGGACAUCGAUCACGCUGGUUGGCAGCCUUCCGGGGCCAACGAUUCCUGCGGCGAACUACUCCGUCGACGGCAUAUUCGCCAGUGGACCUCAAUUGCCGAGCGCACAGACAUGCACGCCGAACCAGCCUUUCUUCCAGUCAUCACCAGGUCUCACCCCUAAUCUCCAUCACUUGACAAUCGACGUCACGUCCGCCUCCGCUAAAGCACCAUACAUCAUCGAUUACGCGAUCGAUCUGUUGGACUGCCCCCACAAACCAACCGCGGCGAGCAGCAACAAAACCGCGGGUCUGGCUCCUAUAGAUGGGGUUAUCAUCGGUGCCGUCCUCGGGGGCGUCGCGCUCCUCGUCGCGCUCGGUGUUCUCGUCUGGUGGCUUCUUCGACGGAAGCGGCAGCGGAAAGAGCGCCUACGGAGACUCCAGAUCAUGGCAAGCCCAGUCUCCAGCUGGGUGCGCGGGAGCCGCAGUAGGAGCGGCACAACGAUGUUCACCUCGACGGAGUCGAUCAUGCGCGACAACCCCACCGAAACGAGCAGCGUGUUCCCAGACCCGGACGACUCGUCAGAGGAGCGCGCCGUGUCAUGUCGAUGGGCGGCGUGUCGGUCUCUUUGCGGAUCCGGAGAGCCAAGCAUCACACGCAGGGCCCUCGCGACCCCCGUCGCGCCAUCUCCGCCCGCAGUCCGGUCGGGGCUCCAGUCGACAAGCCACGCGUCGCGCUCCUCGUCGAUCCUCCGUCGAUGA